UAGUGUUAACAUGGUAUAUUUAAAAUGAUUACAGUUAUUGAAGAUAUUAAUAUUAAUUUUUAAGUCUUUACAAAGAGUAAUAGCAGUAUUUAAUGUACUUUUGAAACCAAAAGAUUUAUCAAUAUUAAUAGAAACGCAAAUGCUAUGACUAAUGAAAAUGACUAACUAAACUUAUGUUAAUCCUUUAAUAAAAUGUAUUAAAAUAUAAAGUAUAUCAUACAUAUCAUUUUCAAACUUCCAGCUGCUUGAUCAUGUAAACUUCUAUACCCUGUCCCAAAAGAGAACUUUUCGCGCAUACAACUGACGACUGCGACGGUGCGAAGCCCAAACUCUUCCCCCACUUUGCUAGCCGACGACUGUCAACAUCUUAGAGAAACGUCGACUAUCAAGGUAGUCUGUCCAGCGAGAAAACGCGCCGCGCGCCUACCAAAAUUGGUCCGUUUUCGCGCAUUCCCGCGCGUACCCAAGACGGUCCACCGACCGACGGUGCGCUCGGGUGACCACCUGUACAUGUCGACGUGCCGUCUUCGACAGGCCGAGAGAGUGAGAAAUGGGGCCUCAGCGCUCGCUCGGUCGUCAGUCUACAUGCGCAGAAGCGGCGCGUUCUCUUGCUGGACAGACUAUAGAGAAAGUUUGGUCUUUGCACUGCCGCAGCCGUCAGUUGUAUUAAGGCUCUACAUAGAAUGGGUAUGCUAUGCCACCAUUUUGCGACUCAUUUAUCAAUGAUAAAAUAAUAAAAUAAAGGGGGAGAAAUUCAAAUUCACAUAACAUUAUUAGUCGCAAAAUGGCGGCGUAGCAUACCUGUAUCUAUAGUGCCCUAGUUGUAUGUGCGAAAGUGACCGUUCACUUUUGGAACAGGGUAUAAAACAACAAUUAUUUUAUUUAAAUUAAGGACAAUAUUUAAUAAUUGGGCGGGUACUUGAAACACGAGUAUGUUUGAUCCAAUAUAUUUGUUCUACUAGCAAAAUAAAAUAUUUAUCAAUCUUUUUUUCUUUUAUUCUACAUUGCAAUAUUAUAAUAAUAAUAAUACAUGAUCCAUAUUAUAUUAUGUAGUUAUAAUAAUUAUUAUCCUUUAUUUAAUUUACAUAGUAAUUGUUUUAGUAAUUUUAUUUUUUAGGACUAUCUAUCAAGCUGAACAAAAAGUAACGACAAUUGAUACAGAAAUUAAAGUAGAAAAGGAUAAUAUUGAGAACUGUGAAUUUGAAGGAACAGUUUUUAACGAAAGCCAUUCAUCGAAGCUCAUUACUCCUCUGAGUUCGGACAAUAGAUCUAACUUACGGGAUAAUCAACAAAAAUGCAGCAUCUGCAAUUUAUCGUUUAAUUCAAAAAAACUUUUGACAAGUCAUAUGAAGAUUCAUACCAGUAAGAACAAAGAGACAUUCGUUUGUGACAUUUGUAAUAAAUCAUAUUAUAUGAAGUCAUAUUUGACGAAACACUUACAGCUUCAUAUCGGAGAAAACACUUUUAUAUGUAAUAAAACAUUUAGUGAUAAACAAAAUUUUGAUAUUCAUAAGAAAACACAUACUGGAAAAAAAACGUAUAAAUGUGAUAUCUGUGAUAAAAAAUUAUCUUCUUCAGAAAGUUUAAUUUGUCAUAAAAGGACACAUACCGGAGAAAAGCCUUUCAAAUGUGAUUUAUGUGAAAAAGUAUUUGCUACGAAACCAAAUUUAAAAGCGCAUACAAGAACACAUACUGGAGAAAAACCGUACAAAUGUGAUAUCUGUGAUAGAAGGUUUUCUGAAGCAGCAAGUGUUCGUAACCAUAUGAGAAUACAUACUGGUGAAAAACCUUUUAAAUGUGAUAUCUGUGAUAAACGGUUUUCUCAUGCACCAUCACUGAAAGAUCAUUCAUGGAGACAUACAAAUAAAAAACCUUUUAAAUGCAAAAUCUGUUCUAUAGAAUUGACUAAAAAAUCAAGUAUGAAAGUCCAUAUGAGAACACAUACUGGAGAAAAACGUUUUAAAUGUGAUAUCUGUUCAAAAUUAUUUUACCGUGGAGAACAUUUAAAAAAACAUAGAAUGAUACAUACCGGAGAAAAGCCUUUUAAAUGUGACAUAUGUUCAAAAGCAUUUUCUUCUAAAUCAAAUAUUGCUGGCCAUAUGAGAUCACAUACUGGCGAUAAGCCUUAUAAAUGUGAUAUAUGUGAUAGCAGGUUUUCUCUUGCAUCAAGAUUAAAUGUUCAUACAAAGGUACACACCGGAGAGACGCCUUUUAAAUGCAACAUCUGUUCAAAAACAUUUCAUAAUAAACCAAAUAUGAUUCUCCACAUGAGAACACAUACUGGUGAAAAGCCGUUUAAAUGUGAAAUCUGUGAUAGAAGGUUUACUCAAAGACACCAUUUAAAAAGUCAUAAAUCAACACAUACAAAUGAAAAGCCUUAUAAAUGUGACAUUUGUUCUAAAACUUUUGGUGUAAAAUGUAGUCUUAAAAAUCAUAUUAUAAGAUUUCAUAAUAGAGAUAAGCAAUUUAAAUGUGAAAUCUGUGGUAAAGGGUUUUAUCUUGCUAAACUUUUAAAAGGGCAUAAAAUGAUACAUACUGAUAAAAAACCAUACAAAUGUAACGUCUGUAAUAAAGCGUUUGCUUUGCUAUCAUAUUUAAAAUCGCAUUCAAGGAUCCAUACCAAUAAAAAAAGCCUCUUCAAUGCAACAUCUGUUAAAAACAUUUACUUUAAAAUCAAUGCGGAAAAUUCAUAUGAAAACACCUAAUGAUAAAAAGCCGUAUACAUGUGAUCUGUAAUAAAGUGUUUACCUGUGCAGAACAUUUAUAAACAUUUAUAACGACAUAUAAAAGAAUGUCUUUAAAAUUAUAUCUGUUCUAAAAUAUUUAUUGAUAAAUCAUAAGGUUUUGGUACAUAAUAACAUAUGUUAUGACCCUAAGCCAAAUCCAGCUGUGGUAGCAGUGUAUAUAUAUAAUAUUUGUUCUUUCUUUGCUGGAUUUAAGAAGCCAAUUUCUUUGGUCUUUAGAUAAGGAUAUGAGAUUAUUUUUAUUGAAACUAAUUCUUUUAAAAUAUUUAUUUUUGUCUUCAGACCAUCUCCACUCUAUUUUAUAAAUGUUUUUAUAUUAUACAAUCUAGAUAUUUAAUUUAGUUUUAAGUUCGAUAAUGUGUAGAGUAAAUAUAAACAUUUUCUAUGUAUAAUAAUUAUAUGCAUUUUAGAUUCUAAGCGGAGCGAUGAAUGUAUUGAUUUUAAAAUGACAUGGGUUUUUUUUAUUGUAUCUGUCAUUACAUUUUGGGAUAGCAAGAAUGCUUUGAUUUUCAACAACAGCUUUUCUAAUAGGAAAGUGAAUAUAGUUGGUACCUAUUUUGAGGUAUCUACAUAAAUACCUAAUGGUUUUCAAAUGGUUCAGGAAAAACAAACAAAAAAUUAAGGAAUUACUGAACAAAAGAAAAACACUGAAACGUAGUUAAGUGUGGUAUGGAGGGAUGCGAUAGGACACAAUAUUGACGAAGAUGUAUAGAAAAACAAAUAUUUAUAAUCAUAUGUGUAUAGUGUUAACUUGAAAAAAACCACUACCUAUGUAAUUUGAAAAAUAUAUAAAACUUCAAAACUACGAAAGUUCUGAAAUUGUAUGUACCUAUAUUAAUAUUGAAAAACUAAUACAAACAAUGUUUUAUUGACCAGUGUUGUACAUAUUAACAGAUAUUUUAAAUUUAAAAUACAAAUAAUACAAACUGAUAUUGUGAAUGUUUGAAAAUUAUUCGUUAUAAUACAAGCAAUAGGCGCCAAUAGGUAGGUACACACAAUUUUUAAAAAACACAAUAUGAUUAUAAUUUAAACGAUACAAUUCACGAUUCAACCCUACCUGCAGUCAUUAGUAAUCAAAUUCUAGUGGAAGUGUCAAGCGUGUACUACAAAAAUCAGAAAAAAUAGCCACUGGUCAGUUCCAUUACUGAGGUGGGUUCUGCAAGCGAGUGUGUACUGUUGUUAUGUAGUAGAGGACAUGAGGGUUUCAUCGAGCUGUUUUUAGACAUGGAACUGGCAUUGAACUGAAACCCGCAAAACCGCGGCUUACCUAUGCGUUCGUACCCAAAGCGGCAUCGAAGAGAUGAAUGCGACGAAACGUCGCAGAUUUAUAUUUUAUGGGCGUUUGAAAUAAAAAUUGUACUAACAUUGGAUUUAUUUGAAAAAUAUUUAUGCUUAAGUCCACCAUUUAUGAGGUUAAGAAAAAUUUGGACCAAAAUUAAUAAAGUUUAGUCUCAACAACUAGAAAAUAGUCAUACUUGCAUAUUUACCAUGCGAGACAUAAUGUUAACAUUAUUAUUAUAUCUAAAUAAUAAAAAAAAAUACUUAAUAUUAUAUAAACAUAAAAUAUUGAAUUUUUGAAAUCUUAAAUAAAACUUACUAAAUUACUAAACGACUUAUUAAAAAUCCAACUGUAUAAUUUAGAAUUGUAUGGUGUAUAGAAAAUGUUAAUAUAAACAUUCUGUGAACAUAUAAUGUAUCUACAGUUAUUUAUUUUUAAAAUUACACCAAAAACCAAAACUAAUUUCGUAAAAACUAAUUUUUAUAAUAUAUAAAUGUUUCUGUUUUUUCCGACCGUAUUGAAAAUUACUGGGAAUUUAGACCUCAUCGGCACCAAUUACAUUCAUUUUUGUACCAGGAAUGUUACUGAAGUUGAAAAUCGAAGCAUUAUUUCAACUACUUAUAACUAUAGUAGGUAGAAUAUUUAUUAUAGCGCCCUGGCCUUAUAUGGCUCGGAUUUUAAAGCAUAUGCUUCUUUUUUAUAUACCCAUAAGAUAGUAAUCUAAUUUUUGUACAUAAAUUGGUUUGUUAUCAUUUUGGUUCCAAAUACAUUUAUUUAUUUUUA